UAUGAUCAGAGGAUUAAGAUUGUUGUAGAUGAGACCAAUCUUUUGUUUUGCUGCUGAUAAGACUCCUGCAACUACUUAAGGGAAACAAUAAUAAGCAAAGCCAAUUCAAGUUUAUAAAGAUGGAUAAUUAAUAACAAAGAAUUAUGUGUAAUUGAAAAAGUAAUAAGAUAUUGAAGGAUAUGUACUCACAUUGGUUAAGAAUUAUUAUAGAACAACAAAUAAAGUAAUGAAUGAUAAUAAUAAUGUUUAGUCAGCUUUAACAUUAGAUUCUGAAUUAGAAUAGCAUGGAUUAGAUAGUUUGGAUUCAAUUGAAUUGUCUAUGCAAGUAAAGACAUAUUGAAUAAAUUAGAUUGAAGAAGAUUUGGGAUAUGUGAUUUCAGCUGAAACCUUGCCAGUGUUGAAUAAGGUGAGACAUUAUGUUAAUUACAUAAAAUAAGUUGAGCAAUAUAAAGUGGAAAAUAAUUCUGCUCCAUUGGCAUGAUU